CGCGCUGCGCCAGUCCGCGCCUCGCCGCCGUCGCGUCCGCACGCGCCCUCUCUGCCCGCUCCGCACAAACACACGCGAUCAGUGCCAGCGACGACUCGGAUACCAACCACGGUGUAUGUGAUUAAGUGACGGCUUCCCAGUGCUUUGAAGUGGAGGCUCGGGCCGCCGGCGCCGCUGGGCCCGCUUGCGGCCCGGGCGGUGGGAUGGACUCCCCACAGAUGUACGAUGCGACCGGCGCGCCUCCGCCGCCGCCGCAACCCGAUCUCAAGAAGGUCGGCGAUGACAAGCGCGCGCCCUUUCCGCCCCCGGAUCUGGACGAGCUCAAUGGCCAGGAGAUCAGUCUGGACCUGCAGCACCUCAUCGAGGACCAAUUCCGGGGAGAGGAGACCAUGGCGCUCUUCCAGGAGAUCCUACCAGGCGGCCGCUCUCCGCAGCAGCGACACUUCACACGGACCACUCUGGCUUACAUGCCGCAGCCGGUACAUUCGGGAGCAUCAUACGCGCCUGUACCGGCUACCGCGGCACACGAACAACAGCCUCCUAUAAAAGAGGAACCGCCUGAGCCACAUGAUUUUAGGCGAAACGUCAGUUGCGCUCAAUAUACAGGCCAGUACAACCCCCAACCGCCCGUAGGCGUCAACGGUCCAUAUGGUGGAGGAUUUACCUCCUUACCACCGCUCGGAGCACCGCUUCUGCCUCCCCUACUCAAACACAAACAGACCCCAUCGAGACGCACCUCCGGAAAGUCCGUAGACAAAGGCACAGAUGAAUACAGAAGGAGACGUGAGCGCAACAACAUAGCUGUCAGAAAAUCUCGCGAGAAAGCUAAAGUGCGCUCUAGAGAGGUAGAAGAGAAGGUGAAGACCCUGUUGAGGGAGAAAGACGCGCUGCUGAAGCGGUUGGAGGCGGUGUCUGGGGAACUGAGUUUACAUAAACAAAUGUACGUGCAUCUGAUCAACUUGAAUCACCCGGAGAUCACGGAGCUGUGCCGCUCCAUGCUGCAGCUCGGGGCGCCGCACGCGCCCGACCACACACUCUGACCAUAGAUCGAGGAGCUCUGUGUGAUAUCGUGCAUUAACUCUUUAAAGUGACCUACGUUAAGGGUAGUUAGCGAAAUUAUUAUGUGAUUUAUAUUGUUUAUUGUACACGGAUAGUUUAGAAGUAAGUCCAUCCGCAGUCGAUGCUGUGAAGGCUUUGGGCGAUAGACUACGCAGAUAAAUAAAAACACAGGUAUUUAAAUCGAAAAUUUGUUCAAACACUUGCUUUUACAUAGUCACAUUACGGUGUAUUGUUGCCGAGAAUCGGAAAAAAAUUGCUUAAUGAAGUAGUUGCCGGACGAGGCUUGCUGAGUCCUUGCAAAUGCCGAGGCGCUAUUGUAUAAAUUUAAAAUAUCGCGUAGUCUGUUCAGCCUUUUAUAUUGGUGCUUUUAUUCUCAAUCGAAGAGUGAGCCUUGGUCUGGGGUGUGACUAAGACUAAGACUGACUUUUUUAAGGCUUUUGCCAUUUAAAAAGCACCGAUUAUGUUUAAAAAUGUAAUAUCGCGAAGAUAGUACUCAUGUGAGUGUGAGGUGUUAUAUGUAGGUGAGCUUACACACAUUAUUAAUUUGCUUGGCAGAAUGAACCUCUUAUAAUGCGCCACGCAUAAGAGUUAAGCUAUCGGUAGUUUUAAUACGAUGUAUUGGUGGCCUAAGGCUUAACAGUGCAAGCUACUUUUACGUUAAGCUAUGUCCACACCAAUAAGCUUUUAUCUUCAUUUUACUUCACCUUUCAUCUUGUUCAAAAUUUAUGUUAUGUGAUUGCCAUUAGCGACGCAAAAUAACUUUAGUGUAUUGGAGGUGUUAGUCACACUUUUAAGCAUUGAUGUGGACAUAGCUUUAGAUUUUUUUACAUGAAGCCUUUUCACAAGCCUUCGACUAAUAAGCGAGUUCUGGCCGCAAAGAAGUGAUCUCAAAAAUGGCGGCUGCACCCGCUGGCUCACACAAUCACUGCCAUGUGUCUCGAAAAUGUACUCUAUGGACAUAACAAUACGUACUGAUUUACGACGUAAAGGCUGCUGUAGAUAAUACAUUUGCAAAGAUAUGACAUUGGGAUUCUAAUUUAGAGUUGAAAUACAUUAAUUUUAAAUCCCAUUUAUAGAUGUCGCUAGACUCAUCCAAGAUUUUAAAAUUAAGGAUCGUAAAAACCACAAAAACAUGGAAAUAUGUGACUGAUUUUUACCUUUUUAUGGUCGGAAUGAAUAUUUUUUAACUGUAUUGAUACAUUGAGAUGCAAUGUAGUUUGUAAUAUAUUAAAGUAGGGUAGACCGAAGCGAAUCGGAUCACAGGGCGAAUCGGAACCAACUAAAAAUCUGUUGAUACUUAGGUACAAUGUUUUUGAUAACUGUAGUAGAAGGAGACGUACGGUGCACCGGAUUUUUGAUUUUGAUCCGAUUCGCCCUGGGAUCUAUUUCGCCUCGGUCUACCCGAGCUGCGUAACCUGUACAUUUGGUUGUAAAUAAUCUACAUAUAUAGAUGUAAAAUUCUUGUUUCUGAAUUGUUUCUCAGCUUCUCCAAAAAUCUAACUAACCUGUUACUCUUGAUACGCCUAGGACUGUUCUUUUUGAAGUUUAUUGUAAAACAAAACUUUAUUUUCGUUUAAUAAUACCUUAAUUAAUCGAUAUGUGUAAAUAAUAGGAAUUUUAUCGUUAACGCUAAGCGUAGGGUUAGCAAAGGGCUAUUUUAACUAUUUUGUUGAGUUAUAAAAUUUUUAUUCCUAAAAAGUACCUUCUAUUAAUUCUUAUUUUUGUUAGAUUUUAUGUAUGUAUAAGUUUAAAAUAAGAUUUAAAUUAAUUAUGAUUAAAUCAUUGUUCUACAUACUGCCGUGGGAAGUACAAGGUGUAUUUAUAUGAAAAAUCGAUGUAAAUGUUCUAAGCUACUUAAUUGCGUAUGACGUUACUCUAGUAACAUGUUAUAAGCUGCUUAAAAGAAUAUUAUAAUUGUAAAAGAUAUACUUUGACUGCCAACCUUAGCGACGUAUGAAAUUUCAAGUGUUAUAGUCCAGUUAAAAACUCACUGCACGCGAAGCGAGUAAAAAAGAGAGGACCCCGUCCACCGCAGGUAGGUGUGACAGAGACACUACGUAUUCGCGUGCAACGAGUGUUUGAUUCUAUUAUAUAAAAUUUAGGGUUGGCACUCAUAGUAAAAACGGGUCUCGAAACACAUAGUUACCAUAACAAAUCCUACGAUUUAAAUAAAAUGGAGAUGGCUACACACCAGUCACUAUAAAUAGAAAUAUAAAAUAUUUAUUCUUAAGCACAAACACAGAAAAGAAAAUUAUACAAAAAAAUAGAGAAAACAUAGGAUGGAGAAAUUUAUUUACUCUAUUGUGAAUAUAACCGAUUUUUACUACGUUCUACUUAUGAUGUUUCCAGUACAGAAGUUACCCAGAAAUAAUACCUCGUAUAUAUAUUUAAUAGAAUUUGAUAGAAUGUUUAUCAAUAAUUUGGUGUGUAGCUGUCAUUAUGUAGUCGUUAUGCUCCGUCCGGCUUUUACCUACAUACAUAAUACGUACAUUCAAGAAAAAAAAAUAUUUUAUCUACUUACUAUGACAUAUCUUUGUGACAAGUAUUCUUGUACGGAUUUUAUAUCAAUGUUUAAAUAUUGGAAUGGAUUCAUAUACAACAUAAAAAUUGGUGGUGUGAUUUGAAAGCUUUAGAGGUCUUGAAAAUGUGUUCUAAAAUAUAUUCUAUGCCUAAAGGCUCGUUUAAACUGAGGCUUCAAAAUGUUUUCUUUAAAAAAAAUAUUUAUACAUAACAACAAAACCAACUAAAAAGCUAUUUGAAGUUAGCAUUCUGAUGCUUCAGUUUUAAUACUUUUGUUUAUUUUAUUAAAUAUUGUUGAUUUAUUUUUAAAUAAUUUAUGAAUCAUUAUGUUUUUAUCUACGUCGUCCAGAUGGUGCUAGAAAUGCGAGAUCAAACCUUCUUUCUUGUUCUGAGCCAAAGACUUUUAUUAUCUACUCGGGUGUCAAACUAUGUACUUAAAAAAUACACAAAAAAAAUUAUAACAUUAAUCAUUGAAUUUACGUAAUGUUAAUCGAUUGCUGCCAAAUUAAACUGCUGAUAUUGAUAACCUUUGGUUGAGUGACAACCCUAGCAAUUCUUCAGGCAUUUGUGAUAAAUCAAGUUUGUACGAAGUUACUCUUCUGUACCUACACUGUACAUGUUCGUAAAGAAUCAGUCAAUUUGUGUGCAUAUUUUUAUUACUGGACUAAUGGACUUUAUUUUUCACAACAAAAGUAUAAAUACGUAUUUAUUGGACGACUAUUUUUUUUAUGUUAUGUUGCUCAUUCAUGGUAUUGUUACUAUGUACAAUUUUACUGUCAAGGGAUUUUGUAGAUAGCGCCAGCAUAGAUUUAACUGUUAGAAUUUUGUUCCACGAAGGGCUCCAGGCCAUAAAAUAAAAUAUAUAAUUUCGUAGUUUUGACAGGUGAAACCUAUGCUUGCGAAAUGUGUAAAAUACUUCGACAGCCCAAACCUAAUUAUCAAUAAUUUUACAGUUUGAUGCUCUUGUAGACUGUCAAUUGCUUUACAAAAUCCUGUCAAAAUGAAUGUAAGAGGCCUUGAAUAUGUCUGACAAUAAUGUUAGUGUAAGUGGGUGAUGCCCCUCGAUGUUAUAGGUGCAAUUAAAUUUAAUAUAUACCUAUUUAAUAUAAA